CAUUGCAUUGCAGAGACUGAAAACUGAAGAGAGGGGAAAGGAACACGACCUAAAGGAGAUCUCUGUGUUACUGUGGGAGACAUUGAUUGACUUUCUCCUUUUUUCUCUCUCACGUUCAUCUCCUCUUCACUUUCUCCCCCUCUCCCACUGUGGUUUGGAUCUCAGCCUUUUCUUCGUCCUUCUCCUCCUUCUCCAGCGUCUUCACUUUGGUUGGACGGUGGCUGCAUUGAUGCAAAAUGGGUUGUGGCAAUUCCUCAGUCACGAGCAACUCAGGAGGGGGGCCAGCAGAAGUCUCCAAGGAAGUGACAGAAGAUCCCUCAGCAGAAGAUGAGAAAAGAAGGAACUAUGGUGGCGUGUAUGUAGGUCUACCAGCAGACCUGACCACUGUGGCUGCUAGUCAGUCCAAGUCCACGCGUAAAGACUAGCAGCUAUUGAAGGGAACACAACAAAGGAUCCGACAUAUUCAUUCACCUGGAGACACUCAUAUUACAAGCAGAGAGCAUGUAAGUGCUCUGAUUCUGGCUCACCACACACAGAGUAAAGUCUCAGGUUUUAACACUCUCAUUGAGCGAGGAUGUGGGUAGAAUGCAGGGGCUCUGAAGACGCUGCCUCGUGGAGUCAUGGUUGGCACAGCGGUGCAGGGCACAACGACGCAGGGACACACAGAAGAGGUCGGCAUACGGCAUCCAUCAUCACCCUUCACUUUGCAAAAAAUAGAUGGCCAUCGAAGUGGACAAGCACCCAUCCUGGGACCGGCAUUAUUGGGUGGUGGCAGCGGGCAUUGUGACAGCCGUCUUGACUUUUCGGUCACGACACUGGAACGUUCUUUCUCAGGAGGAGACAGGGGACCCAGCCAUGUAACAAACUAACUAACUGUCUGGGAAUUGAACACAUUCCCAAAUGCCCUCUGCAAUGAUAAUCACAACUCUGUUAUUUCUCUAAGUCUAAUCAAUGAUUCAUUGUGUGGCGGAGACAGAGUUAGAGAGACAGAGUUUCACAGAAAGCAGCACACAAAUUCCUGUUAAUGCACCACAGAAUGUUUCAGCGUUAUAUUAUUGAUUUCAAUCAGGGACAUGCCGCUGCAACAGAAGAGUCUGAAAACGACUCUGAUUUUAAUGAUGGGUUAAAGUGCUAACAACAAUGAGUUAAGCAAAAAGUGUUUUAAUCAAUGUCCCCAAAUGUCCUUAGCACGCAACUACGUUGUACCUGUUGUUGUUAACUUGUGGCCCAGACUGAUUGUGUAACAUCAGCAUAUGACUCAUGACACUUAGAGGGUCUCUCUCUCUCUCUCUCUCUCUCUCUCAAGCUCUCUCUGCAGCAUGUUGUUUUUCCCCCUGAAGAGCUCUGAUUCUAGUGCUUCUGGGUAAUUCACACUGUUCUUACAAUCUUUCUCAGAAGCAGAACUGUCACACAGUUUGUUCAUAUCUCACAACAUUAAAGUGAUCUAAUGUGUAACAGUGAAAAAUGUCAUUAAGUUCAGCUGCAAAAAACUGAACAAAGGAAACAUGCUAAGAGACACAGAAGUGGUGAUUUUUUUAAUCCUUGUUUUUCUUACGUUUUUUUGACAUUGCUUUGUAGCACCUGAACUGCAUUAUGAUAUGGCAAGCCGUUUUAACAUUUAUUCUUUAAAACUUACUUUUUGCUAUUUAAAAGCUACUAGUACUUAUUUAUUAGUUACAAGUUACUAUUCCAUUAGCUACUUGUAACUAUUCCCGUUUUACUAGUAACAAUUGAUUAGAUACUAGUACUUAAUUUUUAGCUACUAGUAACGACUUGCCAUAAUUAUAAUCUAUUCCAUACAUUAUGUAUCACACUUUAUUGUGAACGUUGUACUUCUGUAUGUAAUUGUUGAAGGUAGCUGGUGCUAUUGUGUAGUUUUGUUCCCAUGAAAAGAUAAAACCAACAAUGUUUUAGUGUGAAAAAAAGUUCUCAUCACAAGGUCCUCACUUGAAGCUAACAAAGCUUUCAGCCAGAUCUUGUGGCCUUCUCUAGCUGAUGGAGUUGUAUUAUAAAUAUACCUGCUACUUCAAGCUCAACAAUGUUUUAGUCUGUCUCUCAAUACUUUUCAUCCUCUGUACCCUCUGUGACACUCAGCCCCAAGCUUAUUGUUGGUUUAGUUCUUUUUCAUGGGAUCUGUUGACAAUAAGAAAAAUAUAGAAUAUCACCAGCCUUAUCUUUUAACAGAAAAUCUCACAUCACAGUGUCCCCAGAAAAAAACACAUUACAGCUGGGCGGUCAUUUGUCAGCAGGGCUCUUGGGUUCUCUCUUCUAUUGAAUGUAUGACAUCCUCCACUUACCAGGACCCUAGAGGAGGAUGGAAAUAGGCCAACUUUAAACACUUGAGAUUCAAGAGAUGUUUCCACGCUACACAAAACACCUGUGUGUAGCCUCGGCUGCCUCGACUUGCCAGUCACACAAAAUUUAUGAACAAAAGCUCACUAUUUACCGUUGUUUUCUUCAGUGGAACGCCUUCUAGUUGCCAAGUUAUGUUGCCGAUUAUCAGUCACAUUGAUACCAAGGGAUUUCAUGUCUUCAUGUAUUUUGAUUGCAAGCCAUUUGUCACCAUAUUGUCGCAGCGUUUACACUGUUCACCUGUGGUAGAGGCAGAAUAUACUAAAGAGCUGCUUUAUGUACUGUGUAGUUUAUACAACAUUUUUAACAUAUAAAAAAGAGCUGCAGUGUGCCUACAGCGCUGCAGCACUGAUUUGAUCAGAACCCCGCCUGAGACAUUAUAUUUUUGGUGUCCCUUUUCCUUGAUGUCUACAUUUCCUCCCUGCUGCUGCCUCAGUUUCCCUGCAGUCCCUACCAGAGGCAUUUAGCUUUGACAGCGUGUUGUGCCGCCUGUCUCUCCCUCUUUUAUCAGCCCCUCUUUGCCCUUUAUGGUUGUUCCUCCUGUACAUGAUGAAUGUCAUUGCCUUUGCCCUAUUCAAUUAGUCCAACAGGGACAAGGGGGCAGAAUGUGGAUGCAUAACACAGGUGGAAGCAAAGCCCUCUACAAUUAAAUGCCACUGUGGCACAUUGUGGGAUAUGUGUAAAAAGCUGUGCUACACAGCAUGUUAUUUGAAUGUAGUAAAGGUGGGGUGUGCUUUGAGAAGUUUGGGAAUACCUUUAUGUGCUUUCUUCCAUUAAGUUAGAUUGAGACUGAUACCACUUUCAUGUCUGUAUGCUAAAUGUGAAGCAACCACCAGCAACCAGUUAGCUUUGCUUAGCACAGAGACUGAAAAUGGGGAAACAGCUAGCCUGGCUCUGUCCAAAGGUGACUAAACUCACCUACCAGCACCUCUAAAGCUCACUUUUUAACAUAUUAUGUCUCAUUUGUUUCAUUUGUGAAAAACCAAAGUGUAAAAAUGGCAUAUUGUGGUUUUUGUUGGGUCUUAAUGCUAAACUAAGCUAACCUGCAGGCUGUAGCUUCAUCUUAACCAGACAGACAUGAGAGUAUUAUUCAUUUUCUCAGAUUACUCUUAGCACGAAAGCAAACGAGUGCAUUUCUACAAAAUGUCUAACUAUUCCUUUAAUGUUUGGAGAUGUAAGAUCCUUCAGGUUUUUGACCACUUGAGGUCAAAGUAGCUGUGAAUUGUUUUAAUUAUUUACUGUCCACACACUGGAAAAGACCUGAACUGGUCAUUAAAAACUCACCAGUGUCUCUUUAUGCUGUUGACGGCUGUAUGAUGUCAUGAGGAGGAAAUGACUGAGGUGACUGGGUUUGUUCAGUGAUGUUUCACGUUGAAAAUCACAUUUUACAGGCUAUAUUCUCUGUCUCACAUGUUCUGUCGGUCUUUCAAAUCACACAUACUCACACACAAAUUACCUGCUCAUCAUAAAUGUCCACACACCUUCCCAAACACAAUGUCCAAUCGACCUAAUUCAUCAAUGAUGCUGACAUGAACAAAAACAAACAACUUGACUGCCUCUGUUCAUCCAUUAUCAUCUGAUUCAAUUAUUUAUGAUUAAAGACUUUUAUAUUGUCUCUG